GCAAUAUACACAUUCCAAAAUGGGUAGCAUAAGCUACCAAACAAGCCGUCGGCUGAUGUCAGCCCCUAUGAUGGCAAGACAAUUCGCAUCACAACCGUACAAUCCCAAAAUAGUCAAUGAGUGCAAAAAUCCAAGCCCAGGAAAGCUCUUCAGGACUAUGCGUGUUUUUGGAGGAAUAGCUGUCUUCUUUAUCGCCACACCACUUAUUGUGAUGCACUUCGAUAGCAAGAGAUUCGAAGCUGAAAUGGAACGCCGCAGGCAAUCGAAUGCAAGCUAAAAUAACAACUACAAAGGUUUAAUAAUAACCUAACACACCACGUGUUUAAUUUUAAGUUAUCACUAC